UAUACGUACUUGUGAGGUAAAAUGCUUUCACUUUCAUUUCAAGGCUCCAUUAAUUCGGUCGAGACGCUACGUUAAGAACAACAAAAACCAUAAAAAAACAAAGAAACAAACUCAGUAGCGACAGUAAGACGACUCAGUGACACAGAGGAACACAUUUAAGAAACUUCACCAUGGCGUUUAAGUACCCGGCUGCACGAAGAGAUGAGAGUAAGGUGGAUGACUACCAUGGAACUAAGAUCUGCAAUCCCUAUGCAUGGCUGGAAGACCCCGACAGUGAAGAAACAAUGGCUUUUGUUGAGGAGCAGAAUAAACUGACCAUGCCAUACCUGGAGCAGUGUGCUGUCCGGGCUCAAUUCCAGCAGCGUCUCACUGAGCUCUAUGAUUAUCCCAAAUACAGCUGCCCUUACAAAAGAGGGAAGAGGUAUUUCUACUCUCACAACAAAGGUCUCCAGAACCAGGAUGCGCUGUAUGUGCAGGACUCUCUUGAUGCACCUGCCACUGUAUUCUUUGACCCCAACAAGCUGUCCGAAGAUGGCACUGUGGCACUGAAGAUGGGCCGUCUGUCAGAGGAGUGUGAAUAUUUUGCAUAUGGUUUGAGUAGCAGUGGCUCAGACUGGGUAACAAUUCGUUUCAUGAAGGCAGAUGACCUCACCCCUCUGGAUGAUGUAUUGGAGAGGGUCAAGUUCAGCUGCCUGGCCUGGACUCAUGAUGCGAAAGGCAUCUUUUACAACUGCUACCCUCGCCAGGAGGGCAAAACUGAUGGCACAGAGACCACUUGUAACAUCAAUCAGAAGCUCUACUUCCACGUCAUCGGCACCAAGCAAUCUGAAGACAUUCUGGUUGCAGAGUUCCCCGAUCAUCCAAAGUGGCACAGUGCCGUUAUAAUAUCGGAUGAUGGCAGAUAUGCUGUUCUGUCCAUCACUGAAGGCUGUGAGCCUGUCAACCAGCUGUGGUACUGUGACCUGCAGCAGCUCCCCAAUGGCAUCACAGGCCUGCUGCCAUGGGUCAAACUUGUGGACAACUUUGACGCCCAGUACUCCUAUAUCACCAAUGAGGGAACUGUGUUCACUUUCCGCUCCAACUUGGAUGCUCCUAGGUAUUGUCUAAUCAACAUAGACAUCCAGAGACCAGAGAGGCAGCACUGGACAACACUCAUACCGGAGCACAACAAGGAUGUCCUUGGUUUUGUGUCCUGUGUAAACCACCACCACCUGCUGGUCAACUACCUCCAUGACGUGAAAGAUAUUCUGCAGCUGUAUGAACUGUCUACAGGCGAGCUGGUCAAGGAUCUGCCACUGGAUGUUGGCACAGUGGCCGGAGUGAGCUGCAAGAAGAAACACUCUGACUUCUUCUACAAAUUUACCUCCUUCACUACGCCAGGUAUCAUUUACUACUGCGACCUGAGCGUACCAAACCCAGAACCCAAAGUGUUCAGGGAGGUGGAGGUAAAAGGCGUCAACCAAGAAGACUAUCAGACCACCCAGGUAUUUUACCCCAGUAAAGAUGGAACCAAGAUCCCCAUGUUCUUAGUCCAUGCCAAGGGCCUGAAGAAAGAUGGGACUCAUCCCGUCUUUCUUUAUGGAUACGGAGGAUUUGAGGCUUCCAUACAACCGUACUACAAUGUUGCUUACCUGCUGUAUGUGAGACACCUGGGAGGGAUCCUGGCAGUGGCCAACAUCAGAGGUGGUGGAGAGUACGGUCUCACCUGGCACAAAGCUGGUACAUUAGGGAACAAGCAGACAUGCUUUGAUGACUUCCAGUGUGCAGCAGAGUAUCUCGUCCAGGAGAAGUACACCACAGCCAGCCGCAUUGCUAUCAAUGGUGCCUCUAAUGGAGGGCUGCUCGUGGCGGCGUGCGUGAACCAGCGUCCAGACCUGUAUGGCUGUGCUGUGGCAGAGGUGGGGGUGAUGGAUAUGCUGAAGUUCCACAAAUUCACCAUCGGUCACGCAUGGACUACUGACUACGGCUGCUCAGAUGAUAAGGAUCAGUUUAAGUGGCUCAUCAAGUAUUCUCCUCUUCAUAAUCUGCCUGAGCCACCUUACUCUGGCACUCCUUACCCUGCCGUCCUGCUCCUGACAGCAGAUCACGAUGAUCGUGUGGUUCCCCUCCACACCCUGAAGUACUGUGCUACCUUGCAGCACGGGGUGGGCAGCAGCUCUGUCCAGCGUCAGCCCCUGAUGGUCAGGGUGGACACCCGUAGCGGGCACGGUGCAGGGAAACCCACUGCAAAGGCCAUUUUGGAAGACACGCACAUCUUUUCCUUCAUUGCUGAGACUCUUGGGCUCAGCUGGAAAAAUUGAGGAGAUGUGACAGGGAGAGUGAGGUAAUAAGGGGGGAUUUUAAGGGAUGAUUUUUUGCAUCAUUUUUUAUAUAAAUUGUUUU